AUGGUGCUGCGCAGCGAGCGGGAGCUCCUGGCGCAGACCAAGGCGCAGGAGGACGAGAUCGCCGGCCUCCACCUGCAGCUGGAGAACAAGGACAGGGAGGUGGAGCGGCUCAAGGACCUGUGCCUGCGGCAGCGGGAGGAGAUCAGGACGCUCAAAGACGCCGUCCUGUUCCCGGACGCGGAGCCGGAGCCGGAGCCCGACCGCCGCCUCCGGGACGAGAUCUCCACGCUCACCGACCAGAUCCAAUGCCUCGCGCAGGAGCUCGCCCAGGUUAAGGCUGAGAAGCACUCGGCAAGGUCGUGCUUUGACGAGGAUGGAUACUGCUCUUCCCCUAGGACGCCGGGGUUUAACGAGGAGACCUCUUUCUCUCUGAUCCGAGAACUUAUGUUCCGGCUUUUAUAUUAA